AUGGCUGGGAUUUUCUAUUUCGUCUUCUUUUCGUUUCUCUUUGGGGUCUGCGACGCUGUCACCGGUUCCAGGGUGUACCCCGCGAAUGAAGUUACUCUAUUGGAUUCCAGAUCCGUUCAGGGAGAACUUGGGUGGAUAGCAAGUCCUUUGGAAGGAGGGUGGGAGGAAGUGAGUAUUAUGGAUGAAAAAAAUACGCCAAUCCGAACCUACCAAGUGUGCAACGUGAUGGAACCGAGCCAGAACAACUGGCUACGAACUGAUUGGAUCACCCGAGAAGGGGCUCAGAGGGUGUAUAUUGAGAUCAAGUUCACCUUGAGGGACUGCAAUAGUCUUCCUGGCGUCAUGGGGACUUGCAAGGAGACCUUUAACCUGUACUACUACGAAUCAGACAAUGACAAAGAGCGCUUCAUUAGAGAGAGCCAAUUUGCCAAGAUUGACACCAUUGCUGCUGAUGAGAGCUUCACCCAAGUGGACAUUGGUGAUCGAAUCAUGAAGCUGAAUACAGAGAUCCGGGAUGUAGGGCCACUGAGCAAAAAAGGAUUUUACCUGGCUUUUCAGGAUGUGGGGGCCUGCAUAGCCCUGGUAUCUGUCCGUGUGUUCUAUAAGAAGUGUCCACUCACCGUUCGCAAUCUGGCCCAGUUUCCAGAUACCAUCACAGGGGCUGAUACCUCAUCUCUGGUGGAAGUUCGAGGCUCCUGUGUCAACAACUCAGAAGAGAAGGAUGUGCCAAAAAUGUACUGUGGGGCAGAUGGUGAGUGGCUGGUACCCAUUGGCAACUGCCUGUGCAACGCUGGGCAUGAAGAGCAGAGUGGAGAAUGCCAAGCUUGCAAAAUCGGAUACUACAAGGCUCUCUCCACGGAUGCCACCUGUGCCAAGUGUCCACCCCACAGCUACUCUGUCUGGGAAGGCGCCACCUCGUGCACCUGUGAUCGAGGCUUUUUCAGAGCCGACAAUGAUGCUGCCUCUAUGCCCUGCACCCGCCCACCAUCCGCUCCCCUCAACCUCAUUUCAAACGUGAACGAGACAUCAGUGAACUUGGAAUGGAGCAGUCCUCAGAGUACAGGUGGUCGUCAGGAUAUCUCCUACAAUGUGGUCUGCAAGAAAUGUGGAGCUGGUGACCCCAGCAAGUGCCGCCCCUGUGGAAGUGGGGUCCACUAUACACCACAGCAGAAUGGCCUGAAGAGCACCAAGGUCUCCAUCACUGACCUUCUAGCUCAUACCAAUUAUACAUUUGAGAUCUGGGCUGUGAAUGGAGUUUCCAAGUAUAACCCUAGCCCUGACCAGUCCGUUUCUGUCACUGUGACAACCAAUCAGGCAGCUCCAUCAUCCAUUGCCUUGGUCCAGGCUAAAGAAGUCACAAGAUAUAGUGUGGCAUUGGCUUGGUUGGAACCAGAUCGACCCAAUGGUGUUAUCUUGGAAUAUGAAGUCAAAUAUUAUGAGAAGGAUCAAAAUGAGCGAAGCUAUCGUAUAGUUCGGACAGCUGCCAGGAACACAGAUAUCAAAGGCCUGAACCCUCUUACUUCCUAUGUUUUCCAUGUGAGAGCCAGGACAGCAGCUGGCUAUGGAGACUUCAGUGAGCCCUUGGAGGUGACAACCAACACAGUGCCUUCCCGGAUCAUCGGAGAUGGGGCCAACUCCACAGUCCUUCUGGUCUCUGUCUCCGGCAGUGUGGUGCUGGUGGUCAUCCUCAUUGCAGCUUUUGUCAUCAGCAGGAGACGGAGUAAAUACAGUAAAGCAAAACAAGAAGCAGAUGAAGAGAAACAUUUAAAUCAAGGUGUUAGAACUUAUGUGGAUCCCUUUACAUAUGAAGAUCCCAACCAAGCAGUUCGAGAAUUCGCCAAAGAAAUCGAUGCAUCCUGUAUUAAGAUUGAAAAAGUCAUAGGUGUUGGUGAAUUUGGCGAAGUGUGCAGUGGGCGUCUCAAAGUGCCUGGCAAGAGGGAGAUCUGUGUGGCCAUCAAGACUCUGAAAGCUGGUUAUACAGACAAACAGAGGAGAGACUUCCUCAGUGAGGCCAGCAUCAUGGGACAGUUUGACCACCCGAACAUAAUUCACUUGGAAGGUGUCGUCACCAAGUGUAAACCAGUAAUGAUCAUAACAGAAUACAUGGAGAAUGGCUCUUUGGAUGCAUUCCUCAGGAAGAAUGAUGGCAGAUUUACAGUCAUUCAGCUGGUGGGCAUGCUUCGUGGCAUUGGGUCCGGGAUGAAGUACUUAUCUGACAUGAGCUAUGUGCAUCGAGAUCUGGCCGCUCGGAACAUCCUGGUAAAUAGCAACUUAGUCUGCAAAGUGUCUGAUUUCGGCAUGUCACGCGUGCUAGAGGAUGAUCCGGAAGCAGCGUACACCACCAGGGGUGGCAAGAUUCCUAUCCGGUGGACCGCACCAGAGGCAAUUGCCUAUCGUAAAUUCACAUCAGCCAGUGAUGUAUGGAGCUACGGAAUAGUUAUGUGGGAAGUGAUGUCAUAUGGAGAAAGACCUUACUGGGAUAUGUCCAAUCAAGAUGUGAUUAAAGCCAUUGAGGAAGGCUAUCGGCUACCCCCUCCGAUGGACUGCCCCAUUGCACUGCACCAGCUGAUGCUGGACUGCUGGCAGAAGGAGAGAAGCGACAGGCCUAAAUUUGGGCAGAUUGUCAACAUGUUGGACAAACUCAUCCGCAAUCCCAACAGCUUGAAGAGGACAGGGACGGAGAGUUCCAGACCGAACACUGCCUUGUUGGAUCCAAGCUCCCCUGAAUUCUCUGCCGUGGUAUCAGUGGGCGAUUGGCUGCAGGCCAUUAAAAUGGACCGGUAUAAGGAUAACUUCACAGCUGCUGGUUAUACCACACUAGAGGCUGUGGUGCACAUGAACCAGGAUGACCUGGCAAGAAUUGGCAUCACGGCUAUCACCCACCAGAAUAAGAUCUUGAGCAGUGUCCAGGCGAUGCGAACCCAAAUGCAGCAGAUGCACGGUAGAAUGGUUCCUGUCUGAGCCAGUACUGAACAAACUCAAAACUCUUGAAAUUAGUUUACCUCAUCCAUGCACUUUAAUUGAAGAACUGCACUUUUUUUACUUCGUCUUCGCCCUCUGAAAUUAAAGGAAAAAAAAAAAUCUGCAGCAUUGCUUGGUGUACAGAUUGCUGAAACUGUGGGGCUUACAGAAAUGACAGGCAGUCAUUGGAAUUAGACCUGGAACAAAUUGUUUCUCAGAAGUACUUCUGUCCAUCAUCCGUCUGUAAAAUACAUGUACCUAUAUAAAUAGAGCACUGCCUCCUGGUUCUGAUGCUGUCUUUGCUGCCAGACACUGAGCUGCUCAGAGAUACUCUUGAUCCUCUCUGCAUUUGGAAUUACAACCGUCAGUUCUGUUUGUGGCAUAAAUUACAGUCAUCUCUCUUUCACUGGGAUGAAGACCAGGCCCAGCAACAUUGCUGAAGGACUUGGCUGUAGCUUUGAAGGCUUGGCUCAUACCGUGGAAAAGAACCUACGUGGAAACAGCAUGCGUGGCUCCUCCUCCACGUGGCCUGUUCAGUGCCCGGGCCACCUGGUGGAUUGCUGUGACAGGUGGGGGUAGGAAGAAACAGAAAUGGAUCUUAAAGAUAUAUACACAAAAACCCAAGCCCUGUAAACUCCUAACUGGACAAAUGAGGUUUGUUUCUUUGGGCCUGAGGCUGUGCCAUAUAAUGUCUUGUUUUGGGACUCUACAAACUUAUCGUAACUACCUUAUGGAUAGUGGGCUGUGACAAUCUUGGAUGGGGAACCUCCACGCUUCCCUGCUUUGGAGAUGGAACCCUUCACCUGCAAGGGAGUAGAUUUUUCAGUCUUGGCCUCACAGCCCUUCCUGUUGAUUACAAAGCCCAUGGAAGAAAACAGAACACACCCUCCUCAGUUCCUCCUGGAUAUGUUUCAUCAGUUCUUGGGCAAAGACACUGAUGAACAGCACCUACACCUGAGAAGAAUAAAUGUAUGAUUCUCAACUCCUUUUUCCCAGUGAAAGAAACAGCAAACGUUGAAGGUUCAGCAUCUGUUCUCCAGUUGCACUGAGGAAUGUACUGUCUUGCAGCACCAGCUCUGCAGAGCCCUUGUUCCUGAACUCCUUGUGGUUUUAUUUAUAUGUAUUUCCAUAGUUCAUUCCUGUACGUCACUGCUGCAUUGGGGUGGCAGCUAGUGACCAAAGGCUACAGGUUUCAUGGACACCAGGUCAGGUGCCACCACACAAAACAAAGCCAGUUCCCAUGAGCUGCCUAUGAUAUGCAUUGCUGAAGUAACAUUUUACCCAGGGUGUGCCAUUGCAGUGAUAUAAAUAUAUUUUUUUCCUAGACUAAAUAUGAGCUGACUAUCUCUUUUGAUGUGUGUACAUAGGUGUGAGUGUGUGUGUAUGCGCGCGUGUGUGUGUGCGUGUGUGCGGUUAUAACCUCAUGCUUAGAACUGCCUGUGAAUGUUGUGGAAUGCUACACAUGGAGAGUUCUGGUUUCCUACCAAUUCCAAGAUGAAGAGCCACGUGGUAUAUAGUAGGCCUGGAGACCAUGCCUGUCCCCUUGGAAAGACAACCCAGAAGUGUUAAAUAUUCUGUAUCUAAAAGUAUAUUUUGUAGCUGCCACACUAACCUUAAUAAGUAAUUCCACAGCUUUGGACAGAGGCAAUUUCACCUUAAUGGUGGAAGUAAUUUUAGAAUAUAAAUCCAUCCAGGUGGCAACCCGUCAUCAAAAUCAUGAAUUCUGAUUGAACUCAUCUGAAUCACCAGUUUCUUGAUGGAGACAGAGAAGGGGACGGAAUUUGUUUGGUAACCCCACAUGGAGUACAAGUAGCCUUUGUUUUCCUGCAUAAAUGGACUUGUUGAAUGAGAACAAAUAUAUGCAAUUCAUAUACUUUUUGGAGAUGAACGUGGAUAUGUGUGUCAGCUUUGAGAUAAUGUGUCCUGGAUUAAUACUUUGUCUCCCAAUGUCACAGAAAAAUACAUGCCAGUGACUCUUGGGGUUUAUGUAGUUGGGAUGGAAUGGCCUCAAGUAAUUUCAGGAUCCCAAGUUACAUGGAAAGUUCUGUAACUAAUAUGCAGUGAACUCCUGUAACCCUCAAAAGUAUAUCAGCCUUCUAGAGUCUGAGUUCUGUAGUGUGAAGAUUUCAGUAUUGAAAUGAUCUGUGUACCAAACUCCAGCCAACAUACUGCCAUUUUCCAUAAUCUAAGUGGCUGCCUAAGCUGUGGUUGCAGAAACUAUGGCCAUUUAAAUAAGCUAAAACAUCAAAUCAGGGAAAAAUGGGGAAAAACAAUUCUGAGUCAUGUAUUGUUGGGUAAGUAGAGAAAAUCAUCAAUAAAUAUUUAUUGCAUUCUGACAGGGUGUGUGGCAUUGUAUUCUCUAACUAUGCCCAAAUGACAAAGUUCAUUCACCCCUUUUGGGGACCUUAAUAUAUUUUUAAAGGGAUGUGCCUAUGCAUUAAUGCCUAAAAAAUGUAUAAAGAAAAGAGGUUGAAUCUCCAAGCAGAUCAUCUUUCCCAGAGUUAGGGGCAGGAGGCCAACUUCAGGGUCUGUAACUAGCCCAUGAGCCAACCAAGUGAGCUAGAUUACCAGAUCAUGCUCAGAUCUUCUACUAAGCAGCUUGAAGCUGUUCUCCUGCGCUUAAUCAAGUAGCUUCACCCUAUGUCUACUGGCCCCAACUUAUUUUUUGGCAAUCCUAAGAAUGAAAUGUUCUGGUGUGUUUAAAAAAGUUAUUAUUUUAAAGAAAGAUUGUGCUCACUACACUGCUGGUGUGUGUAUUCUGAGACCAUGUAUUCAAUCUGUGAAGGAUAUGUGUAUUAAUCCAUACACACGUAUAGCCUCAAUAUUUGUCUGAAGACACUUAAAUUUUGACCCGUAAAGGAAAAUUCUAGAAGCAAUAUUUUCACUUAUUUAACAUUGUCCAAGCAACAUCAAGCAUCAAUACACACUGAAGAGUGCAUUUAUUUUUUUGUAUCACUCCAAGUAUGUUGGAAUAUGCAAGGACUGUGGUUAAAAUCAGAAUGUAUAAGGCAUAUUAUAAUUUAGUUCAUACUGAAGAAGAAAUUAACAGAGCAUUUCUUUGGUUCAUACAUGUUCCAAAAUUUGAGCAAUCUCUUGAGUUAGACAUAGAUUUUCUAUUUUGUUUUAAUUUGUCCAGGUAUUUUUCUUCCCUUCAUGAA